AUGGACGCGCCGCUAGCAUCCACAUACGGACGGCUCAUGAAGACCCUCGCCGACGAGAACGCCGCUGCCGCGCGAGCCGACAAAGCCGAGCAGAAGAUCACCAUUCUCGAGCAGAAACAUAUCAAAGCGAUUGCACGAGAAUGCAUGCAAGCCGACGCCAUAAAGACAAGUCAUGAGCUUGAAUAUCAAGAGCAAGAGAGAAGAAUGGAACGGAUAGCCGAGCAGAAGGAUGUACUACAAGAAAGCAUUUUCAAGCUAAACACCAAGCUUUUGGUUUCUCGAAAAGUGCAGGCGGGGACAAGGGCUAAAGUGAAAAGGCUGGAAGGGGAGAUGGAGGCGAUUUUGAAGGAAGUGGAGAAGCUUAAGAAUACGCGUGGAGAGAAGAGGAAAGCUAACGAUGAUGCUGGAGGCGAACGGAGGAUCAAGGUUGACCCGACAAUCUUGGAGUUUGACUGA